AUGGAAGUAGUUCAUCAUCACAUACCAAUUGAGAUCAUUCGCCAGAUUCUUUUGAACUUGGAGGUAAAAGCUGUGAUCCAAUGCGAGUGCGUAUGCAAAGAAUGGCGUUCCACCAUACAAGACCCCGAUUUCAAGCUCUCCUACCGCGGAUGGAAGCGAGUAAUGGUGGUGCCACACGGCAGCAGAACCUCCUUAGCCGUAACAUCCAUAACCAACACUACUACUCCCCUCAUCGAAACCCUAUUCCGGCAGGUCAUUGACACCACUACUACUACUACGCUUCCCCCCCUAGAUCUUUGGUGGUCUGGUGUUUGGUGUUCUUGCAACGGGCUCGUGCUUUUCUCUGUGGGGAAACAUAUUCUGUUGAGGAAUCCCUCCACUCGCUGCUGCACAAAAGUGAUUGAGCUUCCACAUUUCAAAAGCACGUACCUUUGUGAAGAUGUCCUCUCGGGGCUAUGUUAUGUCUCGUCGACUGGAGAUUACAAGGCUGUUCUCUUAAUCCGCCCUCAUAACACUGUUAUGGUUGCCAGCCUCAAGAACAAAGAGUGGCGAGAAGUGACAUUUCCCUACCACGCGUACUUGGCUAGAGACGGGGUUAACUUUCGCAACACACUCCAUUGGAGGGUAAUUCCUUCUCGGAUGGUUUCCUCAUGGAGAUGCAAAACCAUCGUUUAUUUUGAUGCGGAGAGUGAUGAAUUCAAAGAGCUGCCCACCCCCGAAUUGGAACAAAGGAGUAAUAUAAUUGUUGGAUUGGGAAUCAUUGACAAUUGUCUCUCCAUGGCUCGCCUAUGGAAAGCAACAAAUACUAUAGAAGUGUUGGUUAUGAAGAAAUAUGGAGUGAAGAGAUCUUGGUACCUGACUAUUACCCAACCUAAUCUCCUGGCUUCAGUACCUGACUAUUACCCAACCUAUCUCCUGACUAUUACCCAACCUAUCUCUAUUCAAUCUCCCGGAAGCAGCGCACGGUGGCACACUCCUCACACUCCUCUACUGAAGGCUGCAUACUUGUCACCCAACCUAUCUCCUGACUAUUACCCAUGUCACCCAACCUAUCUCCUGACUAUUACCCAACCUAUCUCCUGGAAGCAGUACCUGACUAUUACCCAACCUGACCUCUCUUACGACUCCAAUCUCCUGGCUUCAGUACCUGACUAUUACCCAACCUAUCUCCUGACUAUUACCCAACCUAUCUCUAUUAUCUCCUGGAAGCAGCGCACGGUGGCACGCUCCUCUACUGAAGGCUGCAUACUUGUCACCCAACCUAUCUCCUGA